AUGAGAUUGGCCCAAGAUGCCCAGAUAGACGCCUUCACAUUGAAUAUCGCGGCAGGGGACGCGAUUAACGCUCAAUCAAUACAACUGGCUUUCGAAGCGGCCCAGAGCGCGGGGUUCAAGAUUUUCUUUUCCUUUGACUAUGUCGCCCGCGGGCCAUGGAACCAACAUGACGUGACUGAGUUGUUAUUGAGAUAUGGAGUGAAUGAGGCUCACUAUUGGAACAAUGGCCGUCCGUUAGCAUCCACCUUCGAGGGCUCAGAGAACACAGAGGAGUGGAGAAAUAUCAAAGCCAGCACAGAUUGCUUCUUUAUUCCCGACUGGUCCUCACUGGGAGCCAAGGCAGCGUUGGAGAAGGGCUACGGAAUUGUGGAUGGGCUCUUUAGCUGGGCUGCCUGGCCCUCGGGUCCGCAAGAUAUGAACACGCAGGUGGACGUAUCCUAUCUAAAACUCCUUAACGAAUCGGGGGGUCUGGCCUAUAUGAUGCCGCUUUGGCGCGGGGACGACCUCUGGCAUGAUCGCUGGCAAGAGGUCUUGUCUGUCCGCCCAGAAUUCAUGGAAAUCAUUUCAUGGAAUGACUACGGUGAAUCCCACUAUAUCGGACCGCUUCACGAAGGCAGGUAUGAACUAUUCAGAACCGGCAAGGCUCCAUUCAAUUACGCGGAGGACAUGCCGCAUGAUGGAUGGCGGACCCUACUGCCAUUCAUUAUCAGUACUUAUAAGAAUGGCCAUGCUGCAGUGAAACAGGAGUUGUUGGUAGUAUGGUAUCGCACAACACCGGGAGCUGCCUGCGGUACUGGUGGAACUUCGGCAAAUACGCAUAGUCAUGCGCAAUUUGAAUUCAGCCCUCUAGACAUCAUGGCUGAUCGCAUUUUUUACUCCGCCUUACUCACGGAAUAUGCCACGGCUGAAGUAAUUAUCGGUAGCGCCACGCAAACCAGGACUUAG